AUGUCGCCCUCGUUCGCGUCGCAGCCGCCCUCGACGCGAUCCUCUUCUCCGCCCUCCUCCGUGCUCGGCUUCUCGCGUCUGUCCUCGGGCAAGCGGAGCGGAUACGACCCGCUGAUUGAGCUGCCACCGAUCGAUGUCACGCGCCUGCCUUCGCCCUCUUUCUCCGCGACUCCAGCUGGGGCUGCAGGUGCGCACGCAGCAGCGCCUCCGCCGCGUCUCCUCGCGGGCCCCUCCAGUUUCCUCCCGUCUGCGUUUGGGUCGCGCGCGGGGCGUGAGACGCACGUCUCGCUCUUCGACGAAGAGGAUGACCUCGAUGCGGACGACCUGAUCACCCUCGCGCCGCUGCCGGCGACGGCCUCCGCGGCCGCCGCGUCGCGGUGCGCGCGCCUGCUGCCCUCCAAGUGUACGUACACCGCGCGCGCGGUCGCGCGUGCGGUGGUGCCGCCAGUUGCGAGCUCGCCAGCCGCCGCGCGGUUCGUGCUGUGCACGUUUCUCUACGCGUUUUUGCACGGGGCGACUGACCAGCUGCUGCCGGCGGCCUACAAGGCUCUGGAGGCGCAGCUGAACUUCUCGCCGACGGUGCUGGGCGCUGCCUCUUCGCUGUCCCGCCUCGCGCACGCCUUCGCGUGUCCGCUUUGGGGUCUCUCAGUCGACGCGAUGAGCACGUCGUCGCCUGGGGCUUCCGCGGCGGAGAAGGCGCGCCGAAGUCGAGAAGGCGAGGCGCUGGUGCUGCGGUUCUCCUGCGUCGGCUGGGGCGUAUGUACAGUCCUACUCUCGCUGCUCGCGCGCGAGGGGCAGCUGAUGCCGCUCAUGUUUUGCAGCGGCUGGUUGAUGGCUGUCAUGGGUCCACUCUCGCAGAAGAUCCUCGGCGAGGCCGUCGAUUGCGAGAAGCGCGGAACCGCGUUCGGGAGCAUGAGCUUCUUUCAAAGCACAGGGCGCAUGGUAUCCCUCAUGCUCACAACUGGCCUCUCUGCUGUCGUCUUUGCCGGCGUCGCGGGCUGGCGCUUCGCGUUCGCGUUCGUGGGGUUCCUCUCCGUCGCCUUCGGCGUGGCGCUGGCGUGGAUGCUGCCCUCGUCAGCGUUGACUCGCAGAUCUCUACGGUCUGCGCCGGUCUCGCCAGCAGCGCCGGCCGCGUCCGGCACGUCGGGCGCGUCGCCCCUCGCGGGCGUCUGCGGAGACGGGGAAGGCGAGAGCUGGCAGGUCAAGCUGCGCACGCAGGCCGCCGUCGUGUGCAGCCUCGGAUACGUCUUCCGCACGCGAAGCUUCGGAGUCAUGCUGCUCCUGGGGGUGAUUAACGGGAUGCCGCGGACAGCGCUGAACUUCAUCGUGAUGUUUUUUCAGUACUGCGGCCUCGCAGACUGGCAGGCGUCGCUGACAGUCUCGGCGAGCUGGCUGGCGGCGAUGUUUGUCGCGCCCUUCGUCGGGCGAUUCGGCGACGCUGUGCACCGCCGCUACCCGAAUAAAGGCCGUCCGGUACUGGCGCAGACGGCCAUCCUCGUUCGCGCGCUGCUGAUGUUCCUCAUUCUCUCCUGCGUGCCCAAGCGCAGCGGCAGCUUCCCCGUUUUUUUCCUCCUCUCCGUCCUCGUCGGGCUCAUGGCGGGAUGGCCUGGCGUGGGCGUCAACCGGCCGAUUCUAACUGAGAUCGUCCUCCCCAAGCACCGCGCAACCGUCUUUAGCCUCUUCUCGACUAUGGAAGGCGUCGGCUCUGCGCUCUUGGGUGCCCCGGUCGUCGGGAUGCUUGCCCAGCAGGUCUUUGGCUACUCGAAGCCGCUGACUCGGCACCGCCCAUCGGCUGCGUCCUCCUCUUCUUCGACGGCCGCUCCGGGGGCGGAGGGUUCGGCGGCUGCGGCUGCAGGCGCCGAGGGCCUCUUUCAGUCCGCGGAGGACAUGGCGAACGCCGAGGCGCUCGGCAAGGCGCUGCUGUGCACCACUGUCGGUCCCUGGCUCGCGUCCGUUUUCGUCUACUUCCUGCUGCACUGGACGUACACCGUAGACCGCGUGGCGGCCAACCGGCGCUCGCAGGAGGAGAAGGCGCGCGAGGAUGCCCGCGCGGCCGAGAGCGACGCGGCGGAGGCGCCGACGGCGGAGGGACACGGAGAGGCCGCCAGCGACCUCGAACUCGCAGCUGCCGCAGACUGCGCGCCGAAGAGCGCAGACGGCGUCUCAGGGCUCAGCGGGGUGGAGCCGCGCGGCGCGCGUGCGCAUGCGAAGGCGGGCUACGCGGUUGUGGCGACGCAGGACGCGGAGGACGACCUGAGCGAAUUCGACGAAGAAGAGAAAGGCCAGACGUCGUUGAAGAACCGAUACGAAGAUCGCGACGACGCGCACCGCUGA